AUGAAUUCCGAAAUUCGUGAAACAUUCUUUACAAAUUUAAACAAAUUAUUGGAUAAAUCCUCUACAUUUUUCAAAUCCUUGACAGCUCCUCUCCAUUUUGCAAUUGUACAACAAUUAAACGAAUGGAAUGGACGAGAAAUUGAAUCCUUUUUUCGUGUGUACUUUCAAUAUUUGCGAGAUGGCAUCAUAAAGAUAGCUCAAACAGAAUUUCCAGAGUCCUCUUAUUUGAUGACAGAUUCCGAACAAAUGACAUGGAAUGACCAAGAACCACUCUCACUCAAAAAGUUAAGAGCAUGGGUGGAAACGGUAACUUGUGUGCUGAUUGAGUUCAUGUUCAACAUGAUGGAACAACGAGUCAUUACGAAUGGCAUGGAACGUUUCUUUAUCAUUCUCUAUCAAUUAGAAUUACUCUCCAAAUUGUUGGUUGAGAACAUGUGUGAUUUCACUACAACUGUUGACACUGUCAUCAUUCAUACUCUUUCACGAUUUAUGAAUGAGUGGCGUUACAACCAUCCAGAUAGUUUGAUUGUCAUGACAUGGAAUUUGCCAGGUAGCAAAAAAACAACCAAAGACAUGAUUGAAACCAAGUUCAAAAAGGAGCAUGUUCAAUUCAUUGAGAUGGUAGAUGUUGCCUUCUUGCAAGAAUUUGCGACUGGUGAGGGUGAAUCUGGAGCUUGUGAAAAGUUUGUCAAUCGUUUUGAAAAGCUAACCAGGUAUUCAGUUCAAAAUUUAAAACGUCAUAAUCGAAAGGAACAAGAUUAUGGAGUGAUUUUGUGGAAUGAAAAGUAUUAUCCUUGUGAAGAAGAAUAUUGUUUUCAAGGAAUGGAAUCCUUAAAUCCAACAUUGAUCAAUGUUCAUUUGUCUUUUACUAAUUCUCAGCACAGAAAUGAAGAGUUUGAAGAAUUGAAAUCCUAUAUAAAGAAAAGACUGAAAAGAACAUCAUUUAUCAUUGCUGGAGACUUUAAUUUUGAAGUCACAAGUGAUCGAUUUGAUGGAUACUUUGAAGACAUUGUGAAUUGUGAUAAUUGUGAGCUUGCGACCACAAAAGCAGGAAGAAAAAUUGAUCAUGUUAUAUUUUCCCGAGAUUUUGAGUGUGCAUUCAGCAUCGUUCCUCAAUUGUUGGCCUUUCCAGAAUCCAAUCAUUAUCCUAAAAUUGUAUUUCUUACCAAGGUUGAAGAGAGUGAUGACGACGAUGAUGAAAGUGAUGAUGACCACAAUAAGGACAUUGCUGUAGUAGAGGAGGAGGAUGAUGAUUCAUUCAUUUCGUCUCGUCUCGAACAUGGAUUGAAUUUGAAUGAAUGA